CUAAUAUUAACCUAAGCUUAAGCAAAUUACAUAAAUAUUCAAGCAUGCAACUAUAGUAUUAUAGCAGUUUUUUCCGUUUAUUCUUCUUUUCUCUCUCAGAUUGACGUAGUGCAUGCGAUUGAAUUCAAAGCCUCAUUCUUGAUCCUGCAUUUUCUUCUCGGAUCCAAAUCAUUCUAUACCCUAAACCCAGAUCCCAUAUUAAAUCUCCUGCGAUUCUACUAGACCAUUUUGAUUAGAUCUUCGAUCUCUUUCAAUCCCAAGAUGGCAACGAUGGAGAGCUUGAUCGGCCUCGUCAACCGCAUCCAGCGAGCCUGCACCGUCCUAGGCGAUUACGGCGGCGAGGGAAUGUCUCUAUGGGAAGCUCUUCCUUCGGUCGCUGUUGUCGGAGGCCAGAGUUCCGGGAAAUCUUCGGUUUUGGAAAGCGUGGUUGGAAGGGACUUCCUGCCUCGUGGAUCCGGUAUUGUUACACGGAGGCCGUUGGUGUUGCAACUUCAUAAGUUGGACAAGGGGCAGUCUGAAUAUGCAGAGUUUCUGCACGCACCAAAGAAAAGGUUUACUGAGUUUGCUUCGGUUCGUAGGGAGAUCCAAGAAGAAACAGAUCGAAUUACUGGGAAGACAAAACAGAUCUCUAACAUUCCAAUUCACCUUAGCAUAUAUUCUCCAAAUGUUGUAAACUUAACCCUCAUUGAUCUUCCUGGCUUGACAAAGGUUGCUGUAGAGGGACAGCCGGAAAGUAUCGUUGAAGAUAUUGAGAACAUGGUUCGUUCUUAUGUUGAGAAGCCCAACUGCAUUAUAUUGGCUAUUUCUCCUGCUAAUCAAGAUAUUGCCACCUCGGACGCUAUAAAGCUUGCUAGAGAAGUUGAUCCUGCAGGUGAAAGAACUUUUGGUGUCGUCACAAAACUUGAUCUGAUGGAUAAAGGAACAAACGCUUUGGAUGUUCUUGAAGGGAGGUCAUACAGGCUGCAACAUCCCUGGGUUGGAAUUGUGAACCGUUCACAAGCUGAUAUCAAUAAAAAUGUAGACAUGAUUGCUGCACGUCGAAAGGAGCGUGAAUAUUUUGAAACAAGUCCUGAAUAUGGACACUUGUCACAUAAAAUGGGCUCAGAGUAUCUUGCUAAACUUUUAUCGAAGCAUUUGGAGACUGUUAUCAGGCAGCGGAUACCAAGUAUCAUUGCUCUGAUAAAUAAAACCAUCGAUGAGCUUAAUGCAGAGUUGGACCGUAUAGGAAGGCCAAUUGCAGUAGACUCUGGGGCCCAGCUGUACACUAUUUUAGAAAUGUGCCGCGCAUUUGACCGGGUAUUUAAGGAACACCUAGAUGGAGGGCGGCCUGGUGGAGAUCGGAUAUAUGGGGUUUUUGAUCAUCAGCUACCAGCUGCUCUAAAGAAGCUCCCCUUUGACCGCCAUCUCUCUUUGAAAAAUGUCCAAAAAAUUGUUUCCGAGGCUGAUGGUUAUCAGCCCCAUUUGAUUGCUCCAGAACAAGGAUACAGAAGACUCAUUGAUGGAUCUAUCAGCUAUUUUAAAGGCCCAGCUGAAGCCUCUGUGGAUGCUGUGCACUUUGUUUUGAAAGAACUAGUGAGGAAAUCAAUAGCUGAAACGGAGGAAUUGAAACGAUUCCCAUCACUUCAGUCUGACAUAGCAGCUGCUGCCACAGAAGCAUUGGAAAAAUUUCGAGAUGAAAGUCGGAAAACAGUUCUGCGACUUGUGGAUAUGGAAUCUAGCUAUCUGACUGUGGAAUUUUUCCGGAAGCUUCAUCUUGAACCAGAGAAAAACUCAAACCCAUCAGGCCCAAAUAUGGACCGUUAUGCGGACAAUCAUUUCAGGAAGAUUGGUUCAAAUGUUAACGCUUACAUUAACAUGGUUUGUGAUACACUGAAGAAUUCAAUUCCCAAGGCUGUGGUCUAUUGUCAAGUUCGAGAGGCCAAGAGAUCACUGCUCAACCAGUUUUAUGCACACGUUGGAAGGAGGGAGAAGGAACAGCUGGGUGCAAUGUUGGACGAAGACCCAGCACUAAUGGAAAGGAGAACAGCCAUAGCUAAGAGGCUUGAACUGUACAAAUCAGCCAGAGAUGAGAUCGACUCCGUGGCCUGGAAAUAAUUGCAUACUACAAAUCAUUGCAUAUUCUUUUUGUACACUAAAAAUAAUGGUAGUCUACAUCAGUGUGAUUUGGUUUUCCGCCCCCUCUUAUCGUUUCCUUUGUCAGCAUCAUUAUUAAAAGUUGAUUUAAGUUUUAUGGGUUUCUCAACUCUCAUUUUUAAAA